CACAGAGAGAGAGAGAGAGAGAGAGAGAGAGAGAGCAAACGCCUCCUCUGCUAGACCUGCGUGCACCAUCAGGGAAUUUAGAGGUUAAAUUAAAAACAACAACGGGAGAGGCCGUGCGUCACGGGGAAGCGCGCAUCCACGUCGGCGCUGCGCCACACGGGCCAGAUUUUCCGCGUCGGGACCCGGUGCGCCGCACACCCUGCGCCUUUGAUCCAGCAGCGGGGAGGAGAGGUGGACCAGAGGAGGCGCACAGAGGAGGAGGAGGACCAUGGAGGGGAUGCAGGCGUACGGAGCCGGCAAAGCCGGAGGAGCCUUCGACCCCAUCACCUUCUUCCAGCAGCCUCAGACCAUCCUGCGCGUCGUGUCGUGGCUUUUCUCCAUUGUAAUUUUUGGCUGCAUCGUCAACGAAGGCUACAUCAAUCGCCCCAACGAAGUGGAGGAGUACUGCAUCUUCAACCGGAACCAGAAUGCGUGCAAUUAUGGGGUUUUUAUGGGCUCCAUGGCGUUCCUCUGCUGCAUGGCCUUCCUCGCUCUGGACGUCUACUUCCCACAGAUCAGCAGCGUCAAAGACCGCAAGAAGGCCGUGCUGGCUGAUGUUGGAGUGUCAGCAUUCUGGUCCUUCAUGUGGUUUGUGGGUUUCUGUUUCUUGGCCAAUCAGUGGCAGGUAACCAACCACGAGGACAAUCCGCUGAGAGAGGGUGGAGACGCUGCCCGGGCAGCUAUCACAUUCGCCUUCUUCUCCAUCUUCACCUGGGCGGGCCAGUCCUUCCUGGCCUUCCAGAGGUACAAACUAGGGGCUGACUCAGCCCUCUUCUCCCAGGACUACACGGACCCCAGCCAGGAUGCAGCCGGAGCCCCCUACACUUCCUUCAGUGGUGGGGAUGAGAUUGACAGCCCAGAAGGAGGCGGCCAAGCCAACAGCGACGGGGCUUUUGAUGGGACCGGAGGCUACCAGCGCCAGGACUACUGAGACUCUGGAGAAAUUCAUAAAAGAGAAGGAAUUGGAUGAAGUUGAACAUAGUUUCUAAACUGGAGUGGGCUUAAAACAGUUUAACUAAAGCUCUUCUUAGUAAGACUUACAGUUUCAGGAGGACAGGUCCGGCAGUAAGUGAUUUCAUAAACCAGCGAGGUGAGCGCUUAUACAUUUUGACUUAUUUAUUUAUUAAAUUAAAAGCGUUGGUCUACUGAUGUACUUAUCUACUUGUAGG